UUAAUGCAUAAUUUAUAUUAUUGUGUUAUCCAUGCCAUUUGAAUUCAUAAUGUAGAUUGAAUUAUCUUCUGAUAUAGACAUGAAAAGGGUUUAUCUUUCCUCAAAAAAUACCGUAUAUUUUCAGUUGCAAACAGCAGCGGGUGCGCGCACGCGUGCUCGUGUGUAUAUGUGUGUGUGUGAAGGGGGUGUGUCCAAAGAGAAUACAGCCUUGCUUCAUCAUGCCAGCACUCCUCAAGCACACUUGAUCCAAACGUUGUAAUUGCAAUCUUACUGUGUGAAGCCACAAGAUGACGGGGAAUAACUGGGGAUACGGAAAAGAAGACGGUCCUUCAGUAUGGUACAAAAACUUCCCGGUUGCCAAGGGGAGUAGGCAGUCUCCCAUCGAUAUCGUCCCACAUCAGACUUCACAUGACCCCAGUCUGGGACCCAUCCUCCUCAACUAUGAUCACUGUUCCUCCAUAAACAUCUCCAACAAUGGGCACUCUGUUGCGGUCAUCUUUGAUGACUCGGAUGACCGUUCAGUGAUCCAGGAAGGCCCUCUGGACAAUCCAUACAGACUAAAACAGUUUCACUUCCACUGGGGUGAAAAAGGCUGUCACGGCUCCGAGCACACCGUUGCAGCAAACGGAUAUGCGUCAGAGCUUCAUUUGGUUCAUUGGAAUGCAGUUAAGUACAAGACAUUUGAGGAGGCGGCAGAUGCUCCAGAUGGACUUGCUGUCCUUGGUAUCUUUUUGGAAACUGGUGAUGAACACAGAUGGCUCCACACAAUUACAGAUGCACUCUACAUGGUAAAGUUCAAGGGGACUGUCACAGAUUUCAAAGGUUUCAACCCAAAGUGCCUCCUGCCCAGCAGCCUCCACUACUGGACCUACCUCGGAUCACUGACCACACCCCCACUUAAUGAAAGUGUCAUCUGGAUUGUCCUGAAGGAGCCAAUCACAGUAUCUGAAAAACAGCUGGGCAAGUUCCGAAUGCUUCUGUCCACUGGAGAAGAAGAGGACCAGAGGAUACGUAUGGAAAACAACUACAGGACUCCUCAACCCCUGAAAGACCGAAAAGUGCGUUCAUCCAAUUAAUGGAACUUCAAGAUCCUAUAAUAUAACUCUUAAGGAGACGACAGAGUGGAUGCAACAAUAUGGGAAUAUUUUCACUGCCAAAACUCUAAGAUAUGUUUUGCAUAAUAUAAUUACUAACAACUGAUUUUAUCAAUGAAAAAUUAAUUUUUGGUCAGGUGCUAUGCACUGUAUGUCGUUUGUCAUGGUUACAUUUAACUGGCUAUUGUUGGCACUGGAGCUGUUUGUCGGUUGGUAUCAAACACUUGUGCUGUUGAUGGCGUCCUAAAUGGUGUCCAAAUAUCCUUCUAUCCAGCCUAUUGUAGCCGUUGAGCUUUGCGAUUUAACAAUCCUAACUAUAGCUGAAAUUGGAUUAGUGCUGUGUUUUCCUAAGUGCGCUGCUUGGCCGUGACGGACUAGUCCCAGGAUCUGUUACAGGUCAGGAGUGGGUUUUAUAUUUAGCAUGCCAUUAACAUUUUAUUUAAAGUGUUUACAAUGAAUUAUUGUGUACGGUUUUCAGUUUGACCUUCCCACCCUCGCAUUACCGGCUGCACUUUUAUUUUCCCUUACAUAAAAGUUUGAGUGCACACAGUUAUUAAUAUGCAAUUCCUAAACAUGCAUGCACAGCCUAUAUGUAUGUAUGUAUCUAUGUAUGUAUGUAUGUAUGUGACACCUGACCAGACUGUUGAGCUGUGGCAGCUUUGUGUGACGCCAGUCUUCAUGUUGAGGAGAACUACCGCUGGGCAAUGGUUGCAAUAAUUUAGUUUUAUGCUCCCAUACCACAAAUUGCAUAUUAGAAGAAUUCACCUCAUGUAUGAUUUAUAGGUGGUUUGAAAUACUUUGUAAUAUGCUUAUUCACUGAAAUAAAA